GAUAGUACAAGGCGGAUAGAACCAAGAUGGCGACCAAGCGGCCAUUCGCAGCGCCGGCGCUGCCCAGCCGGCAGCAGCUCGAGACGCGGCUCGCCGAGAACGGCGCCGACCUCGCGACGUGCAAGAAGGACAUUGCGGCGCUCGAGGUAGACAUUGCCAAGCUCCAAGAAUCGCUGCGCAUCCAGCACGACUUGCUGGCCAAGAAGCAGUAUGCGCGCGAAGACCUCGAGCUCCAGCGCGAUAGCCUCGAGAAGCGCCUACAGCGGUUCCUCUUGUACGCAGAGAACCGCGCGACGCCCGUCAUUGACGUGGACGCGCCACUGGACAAGAAGCUUCGGAUCGUCAAGCCGCAAUCACCGGCGGUGCGUGUGAUUACGAUCGCCGAGUCACCGCCGCCCCGCGAGAAGAAGCGCAAGAUGUCGCCGCCACCGUCGACCUUUGAGUCGACACCGGCGCCGAUCCUGCCCGAGAUGCGCCCGCGGACACCGACAGUUGCCAAUUUUCCUGACCAGUUUUGGUCGACAACCGAGGUCGCCAAGCUUCUCUCGCAGCCGCGCAUGAACAUGAUUGCGGACGGCUGCUCGCGCAAGUUGCGCUGCUCGGCGUUCCAUCCGACCAACCCCGACCUCUUCUCGACGUUUGCGGACGACGGCACGAUGAUGCUCUGGCAGUACCAGCCGCAUUUCCGGGAUCUCAAGCACCUUCUCCAAGUGCCACCGUCCAUCUUUCGGCGCGCUGGCCACGCAUGCGUCGAGGACUUUCGAUGGUCGCCGGGCAAUGGCAACAAGAUUGCGCUCGGGUUUCAAAAGCCGCAUGCGGACGCGGGCGAGAUCUGCGUCGUCGAGUGGAACCAAGGCUUCACCAAGCCACCCGACCGCGUCUGGAACCGGUCGUCGUCGCUCGCGUCCAAGGGUGUCUCGUGCAUUGAUUGGGUUGACGAAACACACAUUGUGACGGGCGGCCCCAACCACAGCGUGGUCGUGUGGAAGUACACGGAUGCGCCGGCGUCAUCCGCCAACAUGAAGACGCUCCACGCCGACCACCGAAGCGAGAUCCGGUCGCUUUGCGUGCACCCGCACUCGCCGUCGGUGUAUUCCGGCGCGCUCGACGGUCUUGUGAUUGGGUACGAUCUGCACCACCAGUCGACGACGACUGUGAUUGAGAAGCGGCAGACCAAUAACAUUGCCAAGAUCAACGCCGUGCUCGCGCACCCCAACCACCCGCAUUUGCUCAUGGUGUCGUGCGUGCAUGCGACGCAGCAGAACAUGCUGCUGCAUGACCUCCGCAUCAAGACGUCGAGCUCGCUCACAAGCAUGCCGUCCAUGGUGUGGUACAAGUCGACGGGCGACGCGCGCGCCAUGAGCCAGUACACGACGCCGCGCUGGUCCACGGCCGGGAUGCACGUGUCGUGUGGCAGCACGUCGGGCGAUGUCCACAUUUGGGACAUUCGCGCGAGCAAGCGCGAGAACGUGCCGCACCAAACGCUGAGCAUUCACCGCAAGCCCGUGCUCCACGCCAACUGGCACGCGACGCAAAACGUGCUCUUGAGCAUUUCGAGCGACCGCAACAUUGGCGUCGUUACCUUUACCUAACCCUUCUGCCACAUUACCUAACCCUUCUGUCACA